UAAAAGAGCAAAAAAGAACACAAAAAUGGAUUUGAUUUAGGCAUUGUGACCACCCAUAACAAUAACCUCUUCCUGCCGAGUCCCCCGUCUUCUCUCCUACUGCUUCCUUCAACUUCUAUCCGAGUACUAUUCCAAUUUCCAAACCCUAAUUUCUCUCUCUCUCUCUCUCUCUCUCUCUCUCUCUCUCUCUGUUCUCGCGCUAACAUUCUCCGGCAAUUUCUCUUUCAAUCUCUCUUUCAAAUUUCAAUCCCUCUUUUCGAAUUCGCGAAUCUGAGUUGUUGAUUUCGAUAUUAAUUACCGAACAUGUCUGCUCGCAAAAUUGAUCUACCGCACGAUCUCCAUCUAUCAACCACCAAAGCCUCUUUAGAAAAUGGUGAUGAAAAGGUCACAUUGCGAUUCCUUGAUGAGGUUAAAGAUCAAGCAGCUUCUGAGAACAGCAUUCCACUUUCCCCGCAAUGGCUCCAUGCUAAACCUGGCGAUGCUAAGCCGGAUGCUCGUGGCAUGAACACGUUGUCUCUUGGAAAUCCCAAUGAUCAGAUUCAGAAGGAAAAUGACAAGAAGGACUGGAGGAAACUGGCUUCCGAAAAUGAGAGCACAAGACGUUGGCGUGAGGAAGAAAGGGAAACGGGUUUGCUUGGUAGAAGAGAUGGCAGGAAAACUGAUCGCCGCGUUGAAAAUGUUUCUAUCAGAGAAAGUACCGAUGCAAGAAGUUUGCCUUCUUCUGACCGUUGGCAUGAUUCUACAAAUCGCAACUCUGUCCAUGAGGCAAGGCGUGAUAGCAAAUGGUCAUCUAGGUGGGGUCCUGAAGAGAAGGAGAAGGAAUCACGGCUUGAAAGGAGAACAUAUGUGGAAAAGGAAGAUGCUCAUAUUGAUGGUCAAUCAAGUGGAAGUGGCAGUCGUGAUACUGAACUGCGUGAUAAGUGGAGGCCUCGUCAUAGAACAGAACCUACUUCCGGCGCACCUACUUCACACCGUGCUGCGCCUGGCUUUGGGGUUGAUAAAGGAAAGCUGGAUGUUCGUAAUUUCGGAUUUACUGUUGGAAGAGGGAGGUCAAGUGGGGGAUCUAUUGUAAAGCCUCCACUGGGGAGUACAAGUGCUACUGUCCUAGUUGACAAGAAUGAGUGUAUUCUUGGCAAACCAAAUCUUUCUGUGGAGCCUUUUCGUUACUCUAGGGCCAAGAUUCUUGACAUUUACCGUCUACAAAAACUUGAUGCAACUUCCUUUUGCAAGCCUGAUUUAAUGGAAGAAGUUCCCUUGUUAACCCGGGUGGAGGCUGUUGAGCCAUUGGCUUUCAUUGCACCAGAUGCUGAGGAAGAGGUAAUACUUAAUGAUGUAUGGAAGGGGUCAAUUACUGGCAGUGGAGCUUCUUACAGUCCAUUCAAACAGGGCAAGUUAGCUGAGGCUGCCACAGGCACUGGCGACAUGGAUUCUCUUGAAGAAAAUCAGAGUGUCUUUCCUGCUAAUAUUGUGGAGGACACUGUUGACGAAAGACCUGCUGAAUAUGAUGCAGCAACUAAACUUUCUGUCACAGAAUCUGAGGGACCAAUGUCAGGAGUUCCAACAAUUGCUGAUGCAGAUGCAGAUGUAGAUGCUGAUGAUGACAAUUAUAAUCUUAGGGCGGCUGAGAAUGACCAUGCUGCUUUUGAUAUCAGCAUUAAACUUCCAGAUGAUUCAAACUCAUUGUUUGUGUCAGAAUCUCUAGAUGAUAGCCGUUGUAACAAUCUUUCUCAGUGUGUGAGAGAUGCUAAUUCUGUGGGAGACGGUGUAUCUCCUGAGGGGUUAAGCUUAUAUUACCUUGAUCCUCAGGGUGAAAUACAGGGUCCUUUUCUUGGGGUGGACAUUAUUUCAUGGUUCGAACAAGGUUUUUUUGGUGCUGAUUUACCAGUUCGCUUGGCAGAUGCUUCAGAAAAUGCCCCUUUUCAUGAGUUGGGUGAUGUAAUGCCUCACCUCGUAGUUCAGGACGGGCUUGGUAUUAACUCAGAUAUUGGUUCCAAGAUGGAUAAUCUCGGAGGUUCUGCACGUUCCAGCGAGAUCAAUGAUUUGAGCACAUUAAAUUGUCAAUCUUGGCAGUUGCCUGAACUGGACAAUCACUUAAAUCAGCCAGCUCACUCUCGAAUAUUGGAGCAUGAUAUUUCUUCGCAACAUGCAUUUUCUGAUGGAAAAGGUUUUUAUAAUUCGUCUGCCCAGGAAGAAGAAAUUGUUUUCCCUGGAAGACCAGGGAGUGGUGAUAACCAUGUUAGAGGUUUGAGAAGUGCUGAUGGGCCCAUUGCAAAUAUUGCCGGGUAUCAUAAUUUUCCAAAUGAAACAAGAAAAACCUGCAUGCCAAUUCAAAAGGAUGAUAAGCUGCACCCUUUUGGCUUGUUGUGGUCUGAACUUGAAGGUAAUCCUACCAGACAAUCCCAGCCCAUGAAUAUGCCUUCUACCAUGGGUAUGUCUGGUCCUCUUUUUGUUCAUUCACCCAGUGCGCCUUCUCAUUUCGGCGGAGAUCAGAAUAUUGAUGAAACGUGGUCCAACUUUCAUGACAAGGCUCCGAUUUCUAACGCACACAUAUUUUGGGACUCAUUGGAUACCCAACAAUUUUCUCAUCAUGAUCAAGAAUCUAAUCAUCGUGAAUUAGCUGAACAUAUAAUAUCGAGACAACUCCAGCAGCAGCAGCAGCAGCAGCAGCGUAUUCAACAAAGAAAUCGGUUGUCUCAACUUUCUCACUUGAAUCAGUCGCUUCUAGAUCAAGUGCCUGGUCGAGCUUCACUCCAUCAACAGCUGUCUAAUCAACCUUUAUCUGAACUUGAGCGCAUUAUGGCUCUUGAACAGCAGCGUCAGCUGGAGCUACAGCAUCAUUUGCAACAACAGCAGCUUCAGAAAAUUUUUCUGCAGGAGCAGGAAUCACAAGCUAGACAACUCCAUGAACAGUUUUUUCAUGGUCCUGAGGCUGGCUUUGCUCAUUCUCGCAUAGAUCCUACCACGAGCUUGGAUCAGAUUUUGUUGAAGCAGCAUCUGCGUGAUUCACAAACCCAUUUGCACCAGUCUUCUAGGCAUAGUGAUCCAAUUCUGGAACAGCUUAUUCAAGCAAAAUUAGGUCACACAACUCAUCAGGAUCGUCAGGCCGAUCUGUUGGAAAUGAUGCAGCAUACUCGCAAUGAACCAUUUCGGUCUCAUCAGAUGCUCCAGCAGGAGCAGCUACAGGCACAGCAAAUGUCAAUGGGCGUAAGGCAUCGGCUUGAAAUGGGGGAAGGAAGUCCAACUGGCUCCGUUUGGCCAGUGGAAGAAGCAGAGCAUUUUCUUCGAAAUCCUGUUGGUUCUCAACGAGCUCAUUCUGCCGCUUUCAGCCCACCUCCAUUUAGCCCUUUAGACAUGCUGCACCAGCAGCAGCACAGGGAAAAAGAGGAGCAGCUAAGAGAUUUUGAACGAAACCUUUUGCAGGAGAGACUAAAUAGAGGACUAUAUGACCCUGGGAUGCCUAUGCAAGGUGGAGUUUCAGGUGGUAAUUUAGAAUUGGCCAAUGCUAUGGCCCGAUUGCAGGGCUUGGAUAUUCAAGAUCCAAACAGUCAUGUGCGUUCUGCAGGUCAACUUGGCUCCUUCAAUUCUGGCACCCAUACUCAUCAUGCUCACCACCCUUAUGUUCCUAAUGAAUUCAAUACACAUUUUGAUGUCGAGGGCCAUUGGCAUGAUAAUGAUAGUCGUAUGUCGAAUGAUUGGAUGGAUUCAUAUAUGCAUCAGCUGGAUGUUCAUCCUGAGCAGCAGAAAAGAGAGCAACUACAUGGUGAAGACAACUCAAAAAGAUUGUUGUUGGAACUAUUGCAUCAGAAAACUAAUAAUCAACCUACACAGCCUCUAAGUUUGAAUGAUCGUGCACCUUCAGAGAGGAGAACACCUUCUGGUUUUUUUACUGGAUCAAGUUCUGCAGAGCAUUUGUUUAACCUUGCCCAUGAUCAUGAUGUCAGUCUAGCCAGCCCAGCCUCUGUUCCAUCUUUUCUUAAUAUGCCGGCUGAGCAAACUCAACUCCGAGAUGAGCAGAGAGGUGGCGUUGACCCUAGUGGAUUGAGUGGUCGAUCGAACUCUGGAUUAGUUGUGGAGGCAGAAUCUAUCUAUCCUGGAAUUAGUAAAAAUUCUUCUCUGAUUUACAACAUUGUUGAUAUGAGUGGAAGCUCUUACAUCGACCGAGAAUUUUCUGAGGAGGGAAAGAAGUGGGCUCCCAAAGUAGAAGAUUUGGUGAAUUUAUCAGUGAUUGAUAUGUCAGAGUCACCUUCAAAGCAACCUGAUGUUGCACUAAUAGAUGAAAGGGAGAUACAAGCCAGUUCCAUCAACAGGCAGAACUCUAUUGGUGUUGCCGCUGGACAAGGUGCUUUCUACAAUGAAAAGUUUGGCCAAUCUAAUUCCUUUGCCGAAGAGGUUGAUAGGAUACCUACUGUUCUUUCCAGAGGGUCAAAUAAUGUCUUAUUUAAACGUCCAUUUGUGUCUCGUCCAUUAUCUUCUCAAGAGGGGAUGUCUGAUUUAGUUAAUGAUGCUGUCACUUCAGGAACAAACCCAUCGAUUAGCACUCUUGAUGGUGGAAGACGAGACUUAGGAGGCAACACAACUGUCCAAGUUCCUGAUACUUCUAAAAACGAUAUGCGAUUCAGGCGAACUAAUUAUUGUAGUGAUUCUGAUGUCUCGGAUACAUCAUUCAUAGAUAUGUUAAAGAGCAACGCUAAGAAGCCACCACAACCUGAGGCACAUGCUACAGGUGCUUCAGAAUCUUAUGAUGCUACCCAUGGUGGUAAGAGCGGGAAGAAGAAAGGAAAGAAAGGAAGGCAGAUUGAUCCAGCUCUUCUUGGUUUUAGGGUAACUAGCAAUCGUAUCAUGAUGGGCGAGAUUCAAAGAAUCGAAGAUUAACCUUUUUUGCUAUACCGUGUCAUGUACUCAUGUUUAUACCCAAUGCGUUUUCCGCCAGGUCUUGUAAGAGGUGUACAGAUUACCAUUUUUUGGUGUAAAGCCCUUUUUAUUUUUUAAUUUACCUCAAGUAUAUAAAUUGAAUAUUUGCGUCGAUUACCUUGGUUUACUUGUUCAUACGGGGUAAUUGAUAUAGUUUUAGUUCAGGAUUCCUCAUUCCUGUGUAGAGGUUGUACAUACUAAGCUCGUUCUUAAAAAACCGUGGCUGAAUGAAAGAAAAGCAUCAGUAGCAAUACAUUUUACA